AUGGCGGUUCGACCCUUAUCUUUGGAACUUAUUGAAAAGGCGCGUUUAGAAUUGAAUGAAGACCCUAAACGUCUCGAAGAUGGAAUAAUGCAUUUGAAGGAAUGGAUUGCAAAACAGCCUCAUUUGCGUGCCAGAACAGACGAUCAGUGGCUGGCAGCUUUUUUGCGGGGUUGCAAACACAGUCUUGAACUUGCGAAGGAGAAGAUUGAUAUUUAUUAUUCGUUAAGAAGUACAGCACCGGAUUUGUUCAGUCUAAAACACACGGACAGCAAAUUUAUGGAGUUACUCAAAACAGGGGUCAUAUUAGUUCUUCCUAAAGUUUUGAAGACCACGGAUCCAAGGGUCAUUAUAGUGAGGGCAAGUGAAUAUGACCCAAACAAAUACUUCGUGACUGAAUUAUUGGCUUUAAGUUUAGUUAUACAACAGAUAUUAUACUUAGAGGAUGAUACUCUAGUGGUAUCUGGUAUUAGCCACAUUUUGGAUUUGGAAGGAGCUUGUAUGAACCAUUUUAUACAAAUAACACCAACUACUCUAAAAAAGUUGAUGGUCAUUGGCCAGGAUGCAUCACCAGCUCGAUUAAAAAGUGCACAUUACCUGAGCACGCCGCCGGGCUUCGAAACUGUUUUCAGUAUUGGAAAAAAAAUUAUGAGCGAAAAAUACAAAAGCCGAUUGCACGUGCACAAUAAAAAUUUUGAUGACUUAUAUAAGCAUGUGCCUAAAGAAAUAUUACCAGUCGAGUAUGGAGGGAGCGGAGGCACAGCUCAGGAAAUAAUCGAUUAUUGGAUUAAGAAGAUAGAAGCGUAUAGUGGAUGGCUAGAAGAUGAUCGUCAAUAUGGUACUGAUGAGUCCAAAAGAGCUGGGAAACCAAAGACUGCGGAAGAUGUGUUUGGAUUAGAUGAGAUAAAAAUGAUACGCGAACUUAGUCCAGAAUUGGCUAAAAUAGCAAAAGAUGAAUUAAGUGAAGAACCGAAAAGAAUUAACGAUGAUUUACAACAUUUAAAGGAUUGGAUAUCAAAGCAACCACAUUUGAAAGCUAGAAUCGAUGAUCAAUGGCUGAUAGGAUUUCUGAGGGGCAGUAAAUUCAGUUUAGAACGAGUAAAGAAGAAGCUGGAUUUGUAUUACACAUUAAGAACAACCAGUCCUGACAUAACUUUGAGAAUAAAGCCCAGUGAGCAAAAAUUUAUCGAUUUUCUUAGAGUUGGGACGUGUGUAGUUUUACCAAAGGUGAAGAACGGGUUGUACCCGCGAGUCAUUCUUAUCAGAGCCGGUGCUUACGACCCUGAGAAAAACAAUGUUGCUGAUAUCAUGUGUGUCUUAUAUUACUUAGUACAGAUCGUGUUGAUGGAAGAUGAUGCAGCGACAGUGAUUGGUACAAAGAUUAUGGUGGACUAUGAAGGUGUUACUAUGACCCAUUUCGCACAAGCUAGUCCAUCGCUACUGAAGAAAAUGGUCGCAGUUUGUCAAGAUUCAAUGCCUUUGCGUUUGAAAGGUAGUCAUCACAUAAAGGUUCCUUCCGGCAUCGAUUUAAUUUUCUCACUUAUUUCAACUUUCUUAAAUGAAAAGGCUAAAGAGAGAUUAAACAUUCACAAAAAUCAAGAUGAUUUAUUAAGGGUUAUUCCUAAGGAAAUAAUACCUGCUGAGUAUGGAGGCGACGGUGGCACUGUGUCUGAAAUUAUUGAAUAUUGGGUUAACAAAGUGAAUGAGUACAAGCCGUGGAUGAAACAAGAGGAAAAUUUUGGUACCGACGAGUCCAAGCGAUUAGAAAAGUUGGCAAACUAUGACGAGUUCAGUAAUCAAGGAUCAUUUAGAAAACUUGACAUAGAUUAGUGCCAUAUAUUUGCUUUAAAAACCACGAGAUUCACGCACCUAAAUGGGAAAUUGUUUAUGUUUAGUGUUGGUUUUUAUAUUAGAUAAAUAACUAUUUUAUUUACUAAAUCAUAUUUAUAAUUAAUUAAUUGACAUAACUGCAAAAACUACAUCCUAAUCAUUUAAAUUAAGUAAUAACAGUUAAGC